GCACUGUGGGUAACGUGGCCGUCUGAAGGGGACUUCCGAUCGGGUGCCCCGCCCCCCGCCGGCUAUAGGCCGGCACCGCCCACGCGCGUCUGAGUGGCAGCCUUAAGCAGAGGCGGGGCACCGCUUCCGCCGGGCCAUGGGGCCGCGCGUGCCGCCGGCGCUGUUGCUGCUGCUGCCGGCGCUGCUUUGCUGGGCUGAGGACGCUGCGCCGUCUCAGCCCGCGCCCUCGCCCUCGCCGCAGCCCGCCACGACGAACGGGAGCCAGCCGGACGAGCCACACAACAGAACGCAUGCGUGGGUUCCGGGCGCGCAGGGCUCGGCGCUGCUGCGCUCCUUCUACGUGCUCACGGGCCUCUGUGGCCUGGCGGCGCUCUACUUCCUCAUCCGGGCAUUCAGGUUGAAGAAACCACAACGGAGAAGGUAUGGGCUCCUGGCCAACACCGAGGACCCUACCGAGAUGGCCUCACUGGACAGUGGUGAUGAGGAGACGGUCUUUGAGACAAGGAACCUGAGAUGAUGCUGAAGGGGGCAGGCGUUCUCAUGGGCCACAGGGGAAGGGCGAGAGACAGCCCAGCUCUGUCCUCGGGCUUUGGUGCCACCCAGCACUCUGGUCGGAGCCUGCGCAGCCUGUCCAAAGCCUGCUUGAUCCCAACCUGGACAACAGGGCCUUACCUCCCCAGAUGCUGCCUUAGCCUGGCAAAAGGAAGUAUGUUGAAACCUGAGGGCCCCCAACCACCACUGGGGACUCUUGAGGUCCCCCAGCUUGACUUGUACCACACCCUAUACCCUUCCUGCGUGGAGAUGUGGCAGCCCUGUACUGAGGCCUGAUGGGCAGAUGGACUGAGGGGUUGGUCUCAGAGCAUGUUUGUGCUGAGCUGGGGACAAUAAAUGAGGCAUUGGCUAAUA